GAGACCACGGAAGCAACGUCGUGUACGUAUCUGCAUAUACCUUUGCUCUGUUGUAUACGUCCAUCGCAGUUCUACAACAGCGGACGUGCAUACACUAACACUCGGCACCUAAAUAUUCCAAAAAGAUAUGACUUCGGAAGUACUACGUCCGACCGUCAGUAUGGAUGCUAUCACUAACCCGUCGAAACCACUACAGUGCAGCAGCAUGCUCUCCCCACCGCUACACCGAGGCAACUCCGCCGUAUCAAAAGCCAGCGCCUACUCCAUAGACAGUAUACUGGGAAAUCGACCGUCUUCUCCGCCACGUUCCCCUCUCUCCCGGUCACCCCAAAUAACAUUGAGCAACAUGGAAAACAGGCUAGGCGAGGCAGCGAGUCCGGCCGCGACCGAGUCACGGUCCGAAACGGACCGGUGUGCUGUGAAUGACGAGCGAGCAACGCCGCCGCUAAACCGUGGAUGUACACCAGCAAUCGACGAUGUCGAAGCGAAAACACCCUCAAGAAGCGUUAGUGGUUCCCCGGUUUGUGAACACUUAUUGGACGAGAGUAUUGAGGCGAGUUCCAAAGACGGCGACGAUCAAAAACUAGAACCAAAUUCGGAACAAGAUAGCCCGUCGGAGAAACCACGAAAAGUACGACGCAGUCGCACAACGUUCACCACCUACCAGUUGCACCAAUUAGAAAGGGCUUUUGAAAAAACACAGUACCCGGAUGUAUUCACUCGAGAAGAACUCGCUCUCCGAUUGGACCUCAGCGAAGCCAGAGUACAGGUGUGGUUUCAGAACAGGAGGGCAAAAUGGCGGAAGAGAGAGAAAGCACUCGGCAGAGAGAGUCCAAAUUUCCUAUCUCCAUACAAUGGCGACUUGAGCCCCGUCUCUGAACUAAAUGCUCAUUAUUCAAGUGCUGAAAGAUUGUGGGCAAACAAUUUAGUCGCCAAUUUGCCGUAUUUGACCGGUGUAGGUCCGAUGCAGGCACUCACCACUCCUCGGGGGCCGUUUCUUCCAGCGCCGGCGCCCUAUUUCCACGGUAAAUCAAUUGAUGGACUCCUGGCCAAUUACAUGUGUAAUGGUCUCCCAGGCAGUUUGCUGACGGCGGCGGCGACGUCUUCCGCGUCGCUUCACCAGCUGUCUUCGCCACAUUCCUCACUGCCAGUCAGCGCGGUCUCACCGAUAGAUAUAGCAGAUGCAUACGGAAUAAGAAAAUCAAGUAUAGACGCUUUAAGGCUGAAAGCCAAAGAACAUUCGACGACGUCGCUCGACAGUUCCUAA